AUGGCGAACAACAACAAUUCAUUCGUUGACAGCUAUUACAAAUUGCUAAUAGGUCUUAAUCUUACGUUGACUCCCAUACCAUCUCGCCUUGCUUACUCGUUACACAACAUUGACCCCAAGAACCAGGACCGCGGAGAAUUUGCGGCAUUUUGCAUCUGCAUGGGACUGAGUCGACAUUGCAUGGAAGUCCUUCUAGAAGUCAACCGUGUCGUUCGAUACACAUCUGGUCUAGACAUGCCUAUGUCUGGGUUCGGCGAAUGGUAUCUCGUGAUUUUGAGUCUGGCUAUAUUGCAGACGCGUUCGAGAUGCCAAAUUGGGACCCCGACUCAGGACAAGCCACAAGGCCAACGAGAAGAUACAGACAUAUUCCAUGCUGCAUACCGAACACCAUUAAUCCCCAAUAUCCAACCUCGUUAUCGCAAACUCGAGGAACAUGGGCGAUGCCUGCGGGUUGCCCGGGUAUACAUCGUAUAA